UUGGUUUAUGGUUGUCUGGGCUAGAGCAGGGUGACGUUGCGAUGACACGCCAAGGCUCUGCUCCGCCCUCGUGAGGCAUUUGUGCUGCCCGUGCCGUAGCUGUUUGCACUUAACUAUCAGGGUGCAGGGUGGGGCGACCACACAAGACGAGGACGAGAUCACGAGACGAGAUCAGCGUCUUGGCCGCAUCAAAUUUCGCGGGCGGUAACUUGCCACAUGUCCGGUAGGAGCGUAGCGGUCGAAGCCAAAUUUGCAAUGGCGCUGUCUUAAGUGUUUGUCUGCUAUUUAAGAAGUAAUUCGUAAAGGCCUAAGUUUACAUUGUUUGACAGCAGAUUUGCUUAGAAGUUAAAAUGGGUGCCUUCUCCGAAAUCUUUGAACAUCUACGUGACCCUGCGCUUGUUGCUCAAGUCCAGUCUUACUUCGGAGUGGAGAGAAUUUCACCACCCAAAUCCUCUUCAUCAACAGAAUCUCAAAGUUCACCUGUAAAAACUAAUGGAAAUGCAACAUCUGUACAUAGAAGAAAGGGGAAAAAUGAUCUGCAGACUUUUGCUGAACCACAAUCCCCAAUAAGCACCUUUAGUGAAGAGGACAGUGAUACAGAGGAUACAUUUUCUUCUGAUGUGGAUGCAGAAGCUGCUGGAUUCAGAAUUAAGAACAAGUUUUGGUUCUACUUGUUUACUCUUGGCACUGCUCUUGGGGAUGAGUUAUUUUAUGCAACUUUUAUUCCAUUCUGGUUUUGGAAUGUGGAUGGUGCUGUUGGCCGGCGAAUGGUUCUUGUUUGGUGCAUCAACAUGUAUAUUGGACAAGGAGUGAAAGAUUUAGUAUGUUGGCCCCGCCCUGGUUAUCCAGCGAUUCGUCUUCAAAAGAAAUGGGCACUUGAGUAUGGGAUGCCCUCAACUCAUGCAAUGGUGGCAGUAUCAAUACCCUUCUCAGUUCUUCUGUACACUAUGGAUCGGUACCAGUAUUCUGCUUCUUUGGGAAUCAUAUUUGCCUUUUUGUGGUGUACCUUGAUAUGUGUCAGUCGGGUUUACCUUGGAAUGCAUUCAGUGCUGGAUAUUGUUGCUGGUUUAGGUAUAUCUAUUGCAUUACUUAUUAUUCUAAUUCCAUUGGUAGAUCAUUUAGAUUAUACUUUACUGACAUGGCGAUGGUCACCUAUCAUACUUUUGGCUGUGUCAAUAUGUUUGGUUGUGUUCUACCCAAGACGGGGUGAACGGUGGACACCUACAAGAGGAGAUACUGCUAUGGUAUUGAGUGUGACAGCUGGAGUACACAUUGGAUCGUGGACUAAUUUCCAAUUGGGUAUUAUGAGAGAGCCAUCAAUUUCUCCACCAUACACUAUUCUUUGGCCAUCGUUUGAGAUGAUAGGUUUGGGCGUUUUGAGGACUGUUAUUGGAUUAUGUUGUAUUUUGGCUGGCCGGGCUUGGUGUAAGUGGGCAUCAUAUGCAACUGUCUGUGCACUUUUGAGAUUGAAUGCAAAUGACAUCAAAAAGCAAUGUUAUUCAGUCCACAACCAUCAGAAGAAUAUUGUUGAACUAAGCUACAAAUUUAUAACAUCUUUUUUAGUUGGUUUCAAUACAACAUAUCUAAUGCCCAGUGUAUUCCGUCUUUUGGGAAUAUCAAGGCCAACAUUCUAUACAGAGAUGUGAUAAAUAUCUUCUACUCGUAACAGAAUAUACGCAGUAUUCCCCAACUUCAAGUACUUUUCAGUGAGAGAAAAUUAUACAAAGUACUUAACAGUAAUUGGUCUUGACUCUUGACAGAUAAAAAAGUUACAUUAGAACUAAUUUCUCUCUGAAAACUCAGAAGAGCUUGGAUGUUAUUUUUAUUUUGAAACUGCUGGUACAAAUGGAUCUCUGAGUACCUGCUCUUUCCCCUAUUCUUGCCAUUUUUCUUCUAUAAAGAUGAUACAAUGUUGCUGAUACUGUUUUGCUGCUCUUUAUUACCUUUAUUUAUGUCUAUUUAAGCUGCUACGCGUGCAUAUAGGUUUAAAAGCUACAUUCCCAUUUUAUAUAUUUGUUGAAGGGAAAUACUUUUUCCUUAAUUUACAUAUUGUUGAUUUGCUUACCAGUACUUCACUAAACCAGUGAACAUGAUUUCCUAUUGUGAUUUGAAGAAUCAAAACAUUGCCAUUAGUGUAUUAAGGUAAAGCCCUGUUGUUAACUCUUGUUAUCAGAGAGGAAAAGGAUUUUUUAAAAUUCAUAUUAUGUGUCUUCUAUCUAUUAGAAAGUUAGGCAAAUGUUAGUCUAGUCUUAGUUAAUAAUAAGCUCAAUGGAUUUAUUAUUUCAAUGUUUUUACUUUGUACGUAUAAUAGAGUAAUGUUGGCAAAAGCUUGCCAAACCUAACUACAGUAUCUGUUGUUUUUAGCAAACUGAUAAUUGAUGCUGACAUACUUUGCAAGGAAGUUGCUUAAUGGAAUGGCAUACAUUUUAACACAAUGUAUUUUGAUGUUUUGGAAUUUGUCUGUGACUAGAAUAAUUAAUUUUGUUAGUAUUUUCUACUCAGAUGUCUUCCUUUCAAUCUGAAAGUCCAUCUUACUGCGCCUAGAUUUGAAUGUUUUUUUAGAAUCAAUGUUUUAGCCAUUUUCGAUAUUAGAAAAUGUCCACAAAUUGACCUAAUUAAGACCACCAAAUUGUCUUCAAUAUUAAGUUAAGGCACGUUCUGCACUACAACCAAAUAAACCCAAUUACUUUUGUUAGAACUAUACCUCAAAAUAAUCUAAAAAUGAUUUUUGCUCACUUUUCUGCUGUUAAUAUUUGUUACAAGUCUUAUGUAAUUUUUUUUGUUAGAUUGUCACUAUUAUUGUUAUUUGCAUUUUGAUGUGUAGGUGUUGGAGUAAGCCAGAGGGUCGUGUGCUUUCAGAUUUAAUGUUUUUUUUGGGUUGUUUCAUAAUUGAAAUAUGUGUCUGUUGGGUAGUUUUUGUGUCAUGUGCCUUGAAUUCCCUCCUUUAAUGUGUCGCCGUAAAUGGAAAACGAAUUGAACUGAAUAAAUAUUGCGCACAGCUA